AUGACCAGCGUACGUGGACCUACGUGGCGCGCGUACGUGGACCUACGUGUUCACACGGAAGCAACGGCACAUCAACGACAUGCCCUGCAACCGCCGCCAUGGCGUUGGCCUGCCGCUGCCAGCACCACGCCGUCGUGCCCGGACUACUUCCGGUACAUCCACGACGACCUGCGGCCCUGGCACUCCGGCGCGGGGAUCACACGCGACGCCAUGGAGCGCGCUCGCAAGUACGCCUACUUCCGGCUGGUCGUCGUGGGCGGCCGCGCGUACGUGGAGACUUACCAAACCGCCUUCCAGAUGCGCGACGUCUUCACGCAGUGGGGCAUCCUGCAGCUGAUGCGCCGCUACCCCGGCCGCGUCCCCGACCUCGACAUCAUGUUCGCCUGCGACGACCCGGGCCAGGUGCGCGCCGCCGAGUUCGCGACGCCGUCCGACGCGCCGCCGGUGUUCCGCUACUGCAAGGACAAGUCGACGCUGGACAUCGUUUUCCCCGACUGGUCGUUCUGGGGCUGGCCGGAGGUGGGCAUCCGGCCGUGGACGCCCAUGCUGGCGGAGAUUGAGCGCGAGAACAAACGCGUGCCGUGGACGCACAGGGAGCCGCUCGCGUUCUGGAAGGGCAACCCCGACAGAUACCGCAUACGCCACGACAUGAUGAAAUGCAAUGUCUCCAACGGCAAGGAAUGGAACGCCCGACUCUUUAACCAGGACUGGGGGAAAGAGAGACAAAACGGUCUCAAAGAUUCCAGCAUUCCCAAGCAAUGCUUAUACAGGUACAAGAUAUACAUCGAGGGGAACGCAUGGUCAGUGAGCGAGAAGUACAUCCUGGCGUGCAACUCGCCUGUGCUGUUCGUGGUGACGCCCUUCCAGGACAUCAUGUCGAGAGGUCUCGUCGCCGGCAAGCACUACUGGCCCAUUGACCGGAACCGCAUAUGCGAGUCCAUCAGGUUCGCCGUCGACUGGGGUAAUCAGCACGCCGUCUGCGUCGCUUCCAGCAGCCCUCCUCGCCGCCGCCAGCGUGUACUUUCCGCCGCCGCUGCUGCUCCUAUGGCCGUUGUUGGGAGACUUCUCCCCCAUUGCUGCCGCCGAACUCCUCCGAUCACCGCCGCCAAACGCCCAAGGCUCUGA